AUGAAGUCACACAAGGCAUCGGUCAUCAUCGUCGGAACUGGCGUCGGUGGACUUGCUGCAGCAAAGACAUACUUGGAGUUAGAUCCUGAAGCCGACAUCCUGCUUCUCGAAAAGAGAUCGGGCCUGGGUGGAGUUUGGGCUGAAGAGAACUGCUACGAUGGCCUCAAGACCAAUAACCUACGAGGUACCUACGAGUUCACUGACUUCCCUCUUGAUGAUAGCUAUGGCGUGAAGGACGGCGAGCAUAUUCCCGGUCUUGUUCUUUACAGGUACAUGACCGAUUUUGCAGUUAAAUUCGACAUCUUUCGUCGCAUUCGCUUCAAUGUCAACGUCCGCACAAUCGAAAAGCUGGAGAAAGGCGGCUGGGAACUUGUCGGCGAGGACGGAACCGCUGCCGAGAAGUCCGUGCCAGUUUCAUAUCGCUGCGAGAAACUCAUCAUGUGCACUGGCCUUGCAUCCACCCCAAAUCCGGUGUCAUAUUCAGGUCGCGAGUCCUUUGGCAAGCCAGUCCUCAACCACGGUCAGCUCAAGGUUGAAGCACACGAGGUAGCUUCAGAUCCUAACGUCAAGUCCGUUACCAUUGUUGGAGCUUCCAAGACGGGCUACGAUGCGGUACAACUCAUGGCUUCUCACGGUAAGAAGGUGACUUGGGUCAUUCGCGAGUCUGGUGGCGGUGGUGUCUGGAUGUCACCGCCCUGGGUCAAAAUGGGGCCUUUCACUCUGCAGCUGGAACAUGUUGCAACUAUGAGAUUCUUCACAUGGUUCAGUCCCUGCGUUUGGGGCGAGUACGAUGGUUAUUCGUGGGUUCGUCGCUUUUUACACGGGACGUGGCUUGGUCGAACAAUGGUACAUCGUCUUUGGGAGAAGAUACGCAUGGAUACCGUCAACUUCAAUGGAUACAGGAAGAAUGAGUCUAUUGCUCAGUUAGAGCCUUACGAGAGUUUAUUCUGGUCUGCUCGAGUCGGCGUUCUAAACUAUCCAGGCAACAUUCACGACUACGCUACUUCGGGCCAGGUUCAGAUCAUCAAGAAAGAUAUCUCACACCUUUCCAAGGGCGGAACGGUCAACCUUUCCGACGGGACAAGCUACCAGACUGAUGCUCUGAUAGCCAUCACCGGAUGGAAGCUUUCACCAAGCAUCCAGUACAAACCCGACGGGAUCGAAGCAAGCCUCGGCAUUCCAACUGAAAGCAUGAGCAGUGAGGAGCAAGCUUUCUGGAACCAUCUUGACAAAGACGCCGAACAUGAAAUCCUUCAAAAGUUUCCAUACCUCACUUGGCCUCCCAAAAAUGUCAUACCCUACAAGCAAAAGGUCUCGCCGUACCGUUUAUACCGGGGCAUGGCACCACCAGCUCUAACAUCGCGAUCCGAUAAUUCCAUUGUCUUCAUCAAGAUGGUCCACAGCACGGCGAACAUCAUCAUCGCCGAAACACAAGCUCUCUGGGCAUAUGCCUACCUCAACAAUGAGAUCGACAUAGAUAAGGAUAGAGUUUACAAGGAGACAGCACUUUCAAGCUGCUACGGUAGAUUGCGCUACCCCUGUGGAUUCUCAGCGUGGUAUCCUGAGUUUGUAUAUGAUACUAUCCCGUAUGCAGACAUGCUACUUCGAGAUCUUGGUAUUUGCAGUCAUAGAAAACGGACUGCGACACAGGAGGUUUUCUCAGGGUACACGAUUCAGGAUUAUAAAGGGAUUAAUAGAGAGUGGGCGGAGAAAAGGCGCUGCUACGAAGGGAAGAAGUUGGUUUAG